UGUAUGUAUGUAUGUAUGUAUGUAUGUGUGUGUAGGUAUGAAUGUAAAUUUGGACUGAAACUGAAAGUAGCUUUAAUGCUUUAAUGAUCAUAAGGUACAGUGAGGAGCUGAACACGCCUCCUGGUUCUUGGGAUUUUUCUGAACAGGUUGUGGGCGUGCUCCUGGCAGCUAUAAAAGAGGCAGGUUAAUAAGCAGGUUAUUUGUGUUUGAACAGGUGAGCUUCGGUUGCAGUCAUGGGUUUGUGCCGGGCUGUGUGGGCAGCUGCUGCUCUCACUCUCCUCAUCAAAAUUGUGGUCAAGCAGCUCUGAACAGCAGGAUUGUUGGAGGACAGGUGGCUCCUGAAGGGAACUGGCCCUGGCAGGUCAGCCUCCAGACCACGUAUCAUUUCUGUGGAGGGUCUCUCAUCAACAACCUGUGGGUGAUGACUGCUGCUCACUGCAGGAUCAGUGGAAGCCUAUCUGCUCUGACAGUGUAUCUGGGUCUUCGGAGUCUGCAGGGGUCCAAUCCAAACCAAGUUUCUCGAUCAGUAGCUCAGAUCAUUGUUCACUCAAACUACAACUCUGCUACCAACGACAACGACAUCGCCCUCCUGAGGCUCUCCUCACCUGUAASCUUCAACGCCUACAUCUCACCUGUGUGCCUGGCAGCUUCAGACAGCACCUUCUACAGCGGAGUGAACUCCUGGGUCACCGGCUGGGGCAGCAUUGGAAGUGGAG